AUGGAGUAUGGGAGCCAGCAUCCAAUCAUGGACCAUGUCACCUUGUCCGACUGUUGUCCAUGGCAAGCCGAGAGUCCCCAGCCUACCAUCCCCAAAGAACAUUGGCCUGUUGAGGACGGCCUUCAGUGGGGAUCAGAUCCCAGUUUCUGCUAUCAUGGAUUCUCCAACCCCAUCGGUACCUGGACAGAGGAGCGACUGGUGCAAAACCUGAUGCGCAACAUGGCCAGCUUUUGCAACAGCGUGGACAUCGGAUUUGAUGUCUCAGAAAAAUACCACGAACUACACCAACAGCCCAUGGAUGAUCCCAUGCAAUUAAACGGUCUAUCUUUGCCCAUGUUCCAGCCCUCUCUGGUUCCUCAUUAUGAACGCCUAUCCGAAACACCCUCCUCAUCAUCUUCACCUCCGCCUACAACCCGAGGGCGAUCCUCUCCGGAGAGUAGUAGUACUACGUGCUCACGAGCCAGCUGCACGAAAGCUGACAGCAAAACACAAAAGAAGAGAAAAUGUGUACAAAGACCCGGGCAAAAGCUGUGCCAUUGCCGCUCGGAGAAAAAGAGAAGGGAGAUUAUCGGACAGCGAUAUAAAGAGCUUUGCCACCUGGUGCCGGGACUGGAGAAACAUUCUUAUACACGGAAAUAUGUUUUGGCAGAGGUUGCUAUAUGGAUUCAGGAUCUACUUCGAGGGAACGAUGCUCUCGAGGCACAGCUGCAGCAAUUGAAGGAGCAAGAACGGCUAAAUCAGAUGCGGCUGUUCCCUGUUGAGGCUGAAGAGAUCUAG